AUGACUACACCGUCUGCUGUACUGAUCGAUCUGUCAACUCAUCUGCGGAUCGUCGAAAGUGAGCCUGCAACGCAGCUUGACACAGACCUACUAGAGCAGUGCGAGCUCUUUACAAGCACGCCAGAGUAUCGAAAUCUGAUCUGGAAGGAGACAAAACCACUGUUCUUGCAGAUUGCUUCCUUGCUACCACAGCUCCAGCAAGAUCCAUCAGCACUCGUACACUUCAUCGUCAAGCUUGCAGCGCCUUACCGGUUUGAAGACAUCAAAGAUGUGGACUUUGAGAUCGCACUCGAUUUACAAGCCACACCGUUCCACGAGCUGAUCCUAUCAUUGCUGGAGAAGUCUACAGCGAGUGGAGCCGAUGCGCAAGCGCUUGCAAAUCGACCUGGAAUUGUGGCGUCCAUUGUUCGUUUGUGGCUUUGUACUCAAGAUACAGGAGUUGCAACGCAAGCGGAGGACCUGCUUAUUUCUCUACUGAAAGCCUCAAAGAAUGAGCCGCUUUCGAUUGUUGGAGAAGAUACAGCACAUACACACGGUGCUGGCCCAAUGUGGAGGCGUCUCUUCAACGACCAAGACAUUCGCUCUUUGUUCUAUUAUCAUACAUCCCUCAACAAACUGUCAUCACCACCUCUACCUGUUAUGGGCAACCGAGACAAGACUAUAGCACAAGCGCGAUUGCUGUCGUGGCUACCGCGUGUCGGCUUGAUGCACUGGGACACUCUGGUUGCCUCACGCACCUCGGACGUGGAACGUGAGAUCGGCUUGAGCGAAGAACAAGGCCUCCUUCACUAUGCCACAACAAAGAUGGUAGACACGGAAAAUGACAUGCUUAUGUACAUGGCUCUCAUCAAUUUCUUCAGUGUGUUAAUUACCACGGUCAAGACAACCCCGCACCUUACACACUAUGACUCCAGCCUCUCACUUGACUUUCUCAAGGAGCAAGGUGUGCAUAAAAAGAUCAUCGAAUUUCAUACCACCGACAGUCCAGGGGUGGAGCAUUCGUUCUUAAGCAGCAGGACGGCAAAGUAUAUCAGCGACUACGCAUUCAACUACCCGGAGAACUUCGAACAGAGCCCAGAGAUGCCAACAAUACGAAGUCAUGUCCAUGGCAACAUACGAAAAUGUGAAGCUAGCGACCUUACCAUCAUCGCAUCCAUGCCACGGUCAACGUUGAUCCCACGCCGAAGCUCAAGUCUUGCCUGGGAUGAUUGUGUUAUACUUGACAUGCCAAUUAUUAGAACAAACCAGGAUGCGUUGAAGACAUUGGCGACUGUGUUCCACGGGCCGCCAAAGGAAGAGAUUAUGUUCCCACAAGUCGAGACACUAGGGUCAGACAUGAAGCGUAGGCAAGUUGAAUCUGCAUUUGCCCGCCUUCUCACGGCACUGUUCAUCAGUAAGAAGCCCAACAUGUUCUCCGAAAUUGUCAAUCACGCCGAGACCGUCGCCAUGAAGGAGAAUGCACUUGCAGCGCUCACACUCUUGCGUGCUCUGGUCACCGCGUCUUGGUCCUCGGAGCCUAUCCCAGAUAUUCCUGCCAACGAUCCCACGUACGCUCGCAUUGGCGCCUUCCCAAAGACUGGUCUCGACCUUAUCCUUGACCCAAGUAUCAGUGGUGGCGUCCUGCCCGCUCUUCUCAAGCCAGCCACAUCGUUUUCAAGCUUAGUUGGUGGACGAGGCGACGCAGAGGAUGCGGCUUACCAGGUCGCAAUGGCGAAGUUCGACGUUCUGAAGGCGCUGGGGCGGCAAUUGGAAGAAAACGGGGGCCGAGAGGAUGUUUUGUUCAUGGUCAAAAGGAGGGUGAAUGAAGGGCCGUGGGGUGUUAGCGGCAGUGUUGGAAGCAGGAUUGGCACGCUGGAGCUCUAG